CUGAUUCAAAUGAUCCGACUCAUAAGAACGAGAUUCGGACAUUCGGGCCACAUGGUAUGUGGUAUUACCACCAUAGGGGUAUUACUCGGAUCCAAGGGCUAUAAAACAUGCUAGUUACAUCAUUUCUUCAGACAGCUAUUCCACGAAUAUUAUAGCAGCUCAGCGAUUAUUGUUACAGUACAGAACGAUAAUGUUCAAGAUAAUUUGGUUUCUGAAUCGAUUAAUACACAGUGGUGUGUCAAAACACAGAAGUGUUGCGAGGUUGUGGUCAAAUGCAGCAGAGGGCGCUGUUGCUCCUCCAGCAGACUGCAGAAUCACAGCAGAGCAGGCGAUCAGAUUGUGGGCUCAACACUUCACACUGCACGGCAUUUCAGAGCCCCUUCUCUCUAGCCAGUACAUCAUAUCUCAUGUACUAGGCGAAAAAACUCUGGAAUGUGUGCAGAGGAAAAGGCUGAGAGACACCCUGACUGACAGGGAGAGAGAAAGAGUGUGGGAAUUGGGCUCUAAACGUCUCACAAGGAUGCCUGUACAAUAUGUGAUUGAGGAAUGGGACUUCAGAGACCUGACCCUUAAGAUGAGGCCUCCCGUGUUCAUACCCCGUCCUGAAACAGAGGAGCUGGUUAAUCUGGUUCUAGAGGACCUCCGGUUGAUACGGGGGGAAUCGCACACAACUGAUUUAAGAUGUCUGGAUGUAGGCUGUGGAUCUGGAGCCAUCUCUCUUAGUUUACUUGGCAGCAUUCCACAGCUCAGGGUAUUUGCUUUGGAUCAAAGCCAGACAGCAGUAUGUCUUACAAUGGAAAAUGCAAACAGACUGGGUCUGCAGGACAGACUAGAUGUUCACCUUUUAGAUGUGAUUAAGGAUGCAGAUGUGAUACUGAGCAAAUGCAACCCUGUUGACUUUCUAAUCAGCAACCCUCCCUACUUGCUCAGUCAGGACAUGGAGACUUUACAAACCGAGAUACUCAGGUUUGAAGACCACAGCGCAUUGGACGGGGGUUUGGACGGGCUGUCUGUGAUUCGCCCAAUUCUGGCUCUGAGCUCGAAGCUCUUAACUCGGCGAGGAGCACACAUCCGAAGCACGCGGACAGAAUGCGGCUGUCACAGGCAUGCGUGUUUACCUGGAGGUUGCCCCAUGCCAUCCUCCAAUCAUUCAGCAGCUGAUAGAGGAGAUGAUGCCGGGGUUGCUUUAUUUAGAAACCCGCUAUGACCUCACCAACAGGCCACGGUUUUGCAUUUUACAGAAGAAAGGAGAGGAUGGCUGAGAGAAAGGACAGAGGGAAAUACAUUAGGAAAGACAGGCAUGAAGAUGAUCAUCUAGUAUAACACCACAAUAGGUAGAGCUAGAGACUUUACCAUUAGCAAAUGGCCAUUAAAAAAAUGCCUGCAGCCAAACUACAUACGGCACACUGCCAGUCUCCUCACUGUCCUGCCAGUUCCCAGCAUGCACUGAGUUAAAAACCUGCCAAUCCUACCGAGAAGCUCUUUCCUGAAAUCCGGCGACCUCGGCUUUCUAUUUGUUUUGCGCUGUAACCUACUGUUAUGGCUUCUAUGUUUGCUUUCCUUUUUAUUUAUUUCCUUUCCUUUGGUGUGUGUCUGUGUGUGUGUGUGGCUGUGGUUUGUUGUGGUGAGAUUGCAUUGAUUGUGAGUAUGUGCUCAGUGUGCAAGUGUCAGGGUGCAGUAGGCUGAAGGUAAUUAUUGAGGCCUUUUCUAAGAACUCCCCCUCCCAGUCCUGCGCUAGUCUCUCCCUGGAAGUAAUGCGCUCAUUCUGCGAAACAGCUGGCCAAUUGCCGCUAGCUCGCUCGCUCAGCUAGCCCACAAAGACAGAGACAACCCGACAUGCUCCGCUACCAC